GUGUGCUAGGUGUCUCCUGAACCUUCGUCUUCCCCCAAUUCCCCCAUCUAUAAAUAUAUGAUCUGGAUAAAUACAUAUCCACAACCAGCAGCCAACAUCAAGCUCAGGAUCACUCUUAUUUCUCAUUUGCUCUCAAUCAUGUCUUUCAGAACAACAACUUAUUGGAAAUCAAUGCUCAAUCGCCUCGGAGGAAGGUCUAGUUUUGCGACUUCAACAUCUCCGAAAAUGAAGGCUUAUGCGCCUGCUAGUGAAUACAGUGGUCAAUUUGAAGAGACCGCCAAGGCAGUGAGGGGUGAGUUCAUACCGGUGUAUGUGGCGGUGGGGAUGAUAGCGAUGUCAGCAUCGCUAGGACUCACCACCGCCUUACACCAGCUGAUGUACUCCCCUAAUGUGCGGGUGAAGAAGUCGAGGAGGGAGACGGUACCGGAGGUGGUGGAGCCGGAACUUGUGGUGGAUGAGAGUGACAAGUACAUCAAGAAAUCGCUUUUCAGAAAGGUGGCUCAUAUUCAGGAGGUCGAUGUCAUACCUGAACACGCCCAUCGUGAAAUUCUUACCAGACCUCCACAGGCGGAGACACUGAAGGAAGUCGGUGUGGAUCCAAAGAUAAACUGAUCAAAGAAGAAGAUGAUGUUGAAUCGAAUCGACUCGAUCCCCAACAGUGAGAGAGGUUGAGCUGUUUGUUUUGUUUGAUUUGUAAGGCAUAGGCAAAAUACUCGGUUUCGUGUCUCAAAUUACCUCUCAACAGCAUAAUGUCUUAACUUAGAUUUUGACAGUAUGGUAAGGUAAAGAGGGGAUUUGAGAUGGUUGUACAUAUUUUCAUGCAUUUAAUGGAAUAAGUUUGUCAGUACCCAA